UCCGUCAACGCUCACCACAUCCUGGACUGCAAGUAGUUUUUCGUUUAUCUUAAUGUCUCGCGUAGUGUGCAGUUUGUGGCACAGCAAGUUUGAGAGUUUAUUGGCACUUAUUACGUUUUUGUUUAGCUUUAGCAUGAUAAUAUUUCUAUUGUUUCUAGUGUUAUUUUGAGUGAUAUAUCCCCACCCGUUCAGCACCGCGGAGCAUACUUCAUGAUUCAUCGUCUGUCCUUGGAACUGUCCACAGAACAUUGCAGAAUGAUCCGCCAAUAAGCGGCUCGUGUUUUGUUAAAAAAUAUAAGAUUCGAGUUGAAAUACUCUGUAAAGAUCCCAUAUACGGUGAUCUUUUCAAACAUGCAUCGAAUCUGCAGGCAUGACUUGGGACAUCCAGUGACGGAGCAAUACGACUGAAUAGUACCCGAUUUGCAAGCAUGGAUUUUUCUAAGUCUGCCCUGGGAUCUUUGGUCCAAAUAUCGAAUUUGAACGUUUCCGAUACGAUCAAAAAUGCAUUCAUUGAACUCAAAAAGAGUACAUCUCCAUCUAUAGAAAACAUUCAUAUCCAGCAGGACCAUGUCUCGCUCAUUAAUUGCAUUUUAGAGCAGGCAUUUUCACCGAAAAAUGAGAUUCCGAUAGGUGGCAGCACUGUUGGAAAAGCAGAUGACAAAUCUUGUGGUUUGAACUUCGACGAAUUAUUGGCCAAGAAGCUGAUUCAUGAGUACUGUCUUCCCACUCUUGCCAUCGUAUCCUCACUAACUGGCCAGGUGGCAAGUUAUACAAGUCUGUCAGGUAGUAUUUGCCUGUUGAUUGAAAGAAUUUGCCAUUCUCUUCCGAGAAUUGAGGGGGUCUCAACAGCAGAAAACUUGUUAGCACAUUGUACGAGAUCACUGGACAUUUUAUACAAAAGUAGGAAGGAUCCUAUGUCACUUGCGUUGAAGGAAGAUGAACCAAUUAAAAAACUACCUGUGUCAACCUUGGCUGAGCUCUGUAAUAAACUGGUUCGAUAUCUAAUUACCUGUAAAGAUUUAGGAGGAAAAGAACAGUGUGAAUGGAAAGACACUGUACAUGUGCUGAGUAAUAAUUUGGUACAGUUGAUUGCUGUGGAAGAUGAAAAGACUGUUGUGAAACUAUGCUCUGUUUUGGCAAGGUUGAUUGACUUGCAGCCUUAUAACAAAGAGAGCAUACUUUCAAGUGUCUGGUCUACCAUACAGGAUAAUGAAAGUGACAUCGAGAGAGCCUUUGUAAUCUUAUGUACUUUGGCUGAUUGUUUUCUACCGAUCACCACUGGUGACACACCUUUUGCUCUUGAUAACUCCAUUGUUAGUCACACAGCAUUCUGGAAGCUGAUCCAGGCUGGGAUCCCUCACAAGAAUACUCUGGCAAGAAAGAGAUCAUUAUAUCUGUUGAAAAGAAUAGUUGAUUUCUUUGAACAUGGAAAAGGUCAACUUGUUAGCAAGGAUUCUGAGUGUUCAUUAUUCUGGUGGGAUGCUGCAGAAGAGACGAGUCUAAUUGUAGUGUGGCAGGACUUCAUGCUACUGGUUGAAAUGCUGGAGGAGAGUAUAGUCCAUGUGAUUAGACCACUCUUCCCAAGAUUAAAGCUCCUUGAGGCUGCUACUUAUAACAGGAAAACAGGUCCACCAUAUCUACACACAUCAUGGCUACUGACACUACUGCAGAGAGCAUUGAAUCAUGAUAGCCUCUACCUGAUGAAAUGGGGCUUGGAAAGUCUGCUGGAUGUUGACUGUAAGAAGUCACCAAUUUUUACUCAGAAUCAACACCAGUUCUUCUACAGCCAGUUUCUGGUCAUACUGAAUGAGUCACAGUUCUUCACAAGACCACCUGGAGCACCUUCAGGAAGCUGUCCACCACUUGCUUUCAAGUUGGCUACAUUCCUUCAGCACUGUCUGGAUGCCCAGGAGACUAACAGCCAAAAGCAUAGGUUUAUUACCGACUUCCUUGCUGGUGUGAAAACUGUCUCGUGGAAUGGAAUUUCGCUGAUGUUUGUCUGUCGUGCUUUUGCAGAGUUGGCACCUGCUCCACUCUUCGAUCAGGAAUGUAUUCAUAUACUAAGGUAUAUUGUUCUUGCGAUGAUCACAACAGUUGAGGUGCAGUCCCGUGGUGCCAUUCAGUGUUUCCUGAUGCGGGCAAUCUUACGACUUGUCGACGUGGAUAAGGUCGGACCAGAAGAUGUGAUCAACUUCCUGAGUGCUGUGAAGAGUGAUGAGUCCUAUCAUCGUGGUACACCACUCUGGCAGGAUAGCACCCAGUGGCUGAAGGAAGUCGCAUCUAAUACAAAUGGUGCUUGGAACAAGGAGAACUUGCUGAAGGUUCUGAGGUCAUCACUGGCCGAGAGGAUGAGAUCUGCUACUAUACCUGAUCCGAAAAGUGGUUGCAGUGCUUCUGGUGAGGCCAAGUUGAUCCUUCUCCUCCUCGAUGCUGAUGUUAUCUCCGUCAGCCUCUCCACCGGGGAGACGUCAUUCGAUGGGAUCAUGUUCCCAGUCUUGGAUGUUCUGUCGUCUGCUUCCACCAGGCUCUAUCUUCCACGAGAGAAGGCAGAUGAGGCCCUACAUAUCUUGGUUUGUCUGCUAAACGAAUUGGGAGGACAAAAAUCUUCAGAUGUUGAUAAAGUACGGCUAAAGAUCGAGAAGGUACUAGAGCCAACAAGGAAGGACAUUCUUGACUAUGUCUCACUUCGCCUGCUGAAUGAAAUCAAAGAUAUUGUUGAGCUUCCCAUCCAGAGUCUAUGCAUCUCCUCCCUAGAACUCCUAUCAUCGAUGAAACCAGACCAGACACUCGGAGACCAACUUGCGACAAUUGUUACAUCGUGUGUUCAGAAGUUGGAGGUGAAGUCUGCUAGUUCCACUUUAGAUGUUAUUAUUCAGUCGUACAGUGCUAUACAGACAUUGGCCGCAAUAUCCAAGGUGAUAGCAAAGAUGUCAUCCAAUAACCGGUCACGCCAUCUAUUCAGUGAAGCUGAAUCAAAAAUGUUAGCUUAUGUGAAGAGGAACAAGAUUACAGACCAGCUACCAAAGUUGGCAUCGAGAAACGAUAUUGCUGGCCCCAAAGCUUUCAAUGAAAACACCAAUAUGGGCUGGUUGAUCUCUCACUACAUGAUGUACCAGUGGCAAGUCAUCCAUUUCUGUCUGGAGAGGAGCUCUAUCGAUGAUGUGCUGGCAUUGACUGACGAUUGCCUGAAUGCUCUUGACACAGGUUCAUGUGUGGUGAAUCUGCCUGUCUUCAGCUGUAUGAAGAUCCUCAUGCCAAAGGUGGUAGAGAUCGACAGUGAUCUGCUUGUGCGCUGCCUAAAAGCUGCUUGGUCAAGUCUACUGGAGUUUCGACGUGACAGCCAGUUCUGGCCGGCAUAUGAGUGUUUUGUGGCGAUGUGCUUUCAAGAGUCCCUGCUGCUAGCAGCAGAGGAAGGAACAGCAGUGUUAGAGACAAUCAUGCAGUUUUGUGAUGAGAUCUUCCGCUUCGGUGAGGAACGAUGCGGUAUCGUGAAUGUGUUCAGCUCAUAUCUGUGCCGCUACCUCCUUCAAGAGGCAAACAUGAGACAUGCGAAUAUGUUUAUAUCCUGCCUGGCUCGUGCUUCCUUGUUUGGCCCGGUGCACCAGCGCAGUGUCAGAUUUUUCCGCGAUUGCAAUGCUUACAUCAAGACAAUAAAAUACGUCUGCCCGACUGAGGACUCUAUUACAAGCCAGUAUACUUCCAAAGAAGAUCAUGAGGUUCGUCUUGAUGUCAUCAACUUUUUGUGUUCCCUUGACCUGAGUCAACCUUAUCACACAAACUUCAUCAAGUCAUACACGGAGGAAAUAAAACGUCUUCAGCGAGAGACCAUGAAGGAGACCAAGUACCGCCACUUCCCAAACACAUUACAACACCGAGAGUCGCAUCGUCUUGUCGGGACAUUGCUUGUGAUUGAACAGUAUCUUGAACAGGAUGAUGUAGAGGCCUUCCUCAACUUCCUGACAGAUGAGGUUCUGCUGAAGGAGGUACAACCAUCAGUGCGGUACCUCAUGGAGAUGACCAUCGUUCGUAUCUUCCUUCGCUUCCCAUCAACACUGCCGAAACUCUGGCUUCAUCUAAAACAGUCAUACCACAUGAGACCAGCUUUGAUGUGCUCCUGGUUGUGCAUCCUCUCUCAGAUGGUGGCUGCAAUAGAUGUGCAACAACACAAGGAGUCCUUCAUCAUACAAGCAAUCCCUCUUGUAUUCCCAUUGUGUAUGGCCCACCAGUUUAACCUGAGGAUCUACGGCCAGUCCACCAUGUUGAGGAUGUGGAUGGUCUGUGAGGAGAAGGGCCUGUCCAAGGUGCUUGAGAAAUAUCAAAUCAUGGAAGCCAUCAAGAGCUUCCAUGACACAGGCGGCAACUCAAGUAAGACUUCCAAAAAACUACUGGAUCAUUUCCUCUUCAAGAUCAACCCAAUCCAAGACUACUCUAUGAAGACUAUCUUUGCGACGCUGCCACGGCUCUCAGAUGUCAUAGAUGACGAAUGGCUGACCCCGGAGAUGUUCCUGGCACACGACCCGACCUGGUCUGACCCAUCUGCCCAUAGGAUACCUUUAUACCCUCAGAGAGAAGACCUGGAACAUGCGCUUCCUGGAACAUGGAAGAUGAAAGUUGUUGAUGAUGAUGAUGCCUCUGGCCCAACAGAUGGAGACGUCCAGCGGAAGAUCACACCAUGGAAAUGCAUGUUGCCCAGUGACGAGGAGGAACAAGAAAUGGUUUACAAUAACAAACAGAAGAUGAAGAAUGGAUUGGUUCUUGUCGCUUCGCUCAUUGAUAAACCACCAAACCUGGGAGGUUUGUGUCGAACUAGUGAGGUAUUUGGUAUAACACAGCUCGUUCUUGGCAGUCUGAAUGUCUUGAAGGAUCCAGUGUUCCAAAGUCUGAGCGUAUCAUCAGAGAAAUGGAUACCAAUCCGAGAGGUUGCUCCGCAUAUGUUGAUGCCCUACCUGAACGAGAUGCGUAACCAUGGAUACACUCUGAUCGGUGUUGAGCAGACAGCAAACAGUGUCUGUAUGACAGAAUUUACAUUCCCAGAGAAAUCACUGUUGUUAUUAGGUCAUGAGAAAGGUGGUAUCCCAGUGGAGCUGAUCCAGCAUCUUGAUGUGUGUGUAGAGAUCCCCCAGCAAGGUGUGAUACGAUCAUUGAAUGUCCAUGUCAGUGGUGCUUUACUUGUCUGGGAAUACAGAAGACAGCAGCUACUCAAAUCAAGUGCUUAGUGCCGAAUUCGCAUCCUAUCUCCAGCCAUUGUCUGCAGGGCCAGAGAGUGAAUACGCGCCCCCAAUUUUCACAGGAUGUGAAAUCAAAAAACUCUACUGCCAUUAACAAUGUUCAUUCAUAAACAUGGUGCAGGCACUGACUAUCAUUCUUUUUGGUGGUGGAGUUUUCUUAGUUCAUCCAUGUUGUGUUCAAGUUCAUUGCACUGCCUCUUAAAUCCCUAUCAGGAUUUCAAAUGAAAGGUACAACUGUACAUGUAAUUGAAAUCUUCCAUAUAAAGGUGCUGCCAUCUUUUCAUUUCAUUUAUGUACAAAAGAACUUGAUUCAAGAUGCUCACAGUGGCGUCUUGAACCAUUUUCACAAUUCAUGUAACUGUGUAACUUUUAGGACAGGUCUAUUGGUGCACCAUGUCUUGGCUCAAUCAUGAUAAUGACAGACACAAUGUACAUGUAUACAAUAUGUAACUAACUACUCCUUAUUGGGAAGAGCAAUAUGAUAUGGGUAAAUAAAUCAC